UGAGGUAAAGCGCGCGGGGGACGGGCGCGCCCACGCACUGCCCGCCGCACCUUGCCGCCCGCCUCGCACCAGUCAGCAGCUGUGGCUCGUGUUGGCUGAACCAUCUGUAGGGCCAUCCUCUUUUUCUUACCGUAGGACACCUAAUCCAACACAUACACAAUGGCGGAUGAUGAUAAAAAGCGUCUCGAGGAGGCGAAGAAGGCCAAACAGGCCGAGAUCGACCGCAAGCGCGCGGAGGUGCGCAAGCGCAUGGAGGAAGCUUCCAAGGCCAAGAAGGCGAAGAAGGGUUUCAUGACCCCCGAGAGGAAGAAGAAGCUCAGGUUGCUGCUGCGUAAAAAAGCCGCCGAGGAACUGAAGAAAGAACAGGAGCGCAAAGCGGCCGAGAGGAGGCGCAUCAUUGAGGAGAGGUGUGGUAAACCCAAGAACAUUGAUGAUGCUAACGAAGCAUUGCUCAAGAGAAUAAUACAGGAGUAUUAUGACCGCAUGUAUGUGUGUGAGGGCCAGAAGUGGGAUUUGGAACAUGAAGUCAGGAAAAGAGAUUAUGAGAUCUCCGACCUGAACUCCCAAGUCAAUGACCUCAGAGGAAAAUUCGUCAAACCCACACUCAAGAAGGUGUCCAAAUACGAGAACAAAUUCGCCAAGCUCCAGAAGAAGGCCGCCGAAUUCAACUUCCGUAACCAGUUGAAGGUUGUCAAAAAGAAGGAGUUCACCCUUGAAGAAGAAGACAAAGAGGGCGGAGUUGGAGGAAAGAAAAAACCAGACUGGUCCAAGGGCAAACCCGGCGAUCAGAAGGUAAAAGAGGAAGAGGUUGAGGCAUGAAGUGUUAAAUCACACCUACCAAAAACUAUAUGUGACCUUUGUCGUAUUCCAGCCGACCUUAUUGCCAUAACUGUCUCAAAUUCAAUGUGAUCACCCACCCUUUUCUGUGACCAGUCCGACCCAUUGGGAAAUCCUUUCCAGAUCAGCCUAUGGCAAUAGUUCCUCCAUUAUUGUAUGUAUUGUCUAUAAACCAAUCAUGUCUACCAUUUCGAACAUGUAAUUUUAUAAUUAUUUAUUUAUUACAAUAAUGUUUUUAUAAGAUAUUGAUACGUUUAAUAAAAAUUAAUAUUCUGUACUA